CCCUUCCAUACAUGAGCCGCCCGCCUGUGGUUGUUGCGUGUCUGUCUGCAUUCUCACUCUCCUUGACGGUCCCGCGCAUAGUUAGUCUUCUCACCCCCAAGCUUGUUCCGAGCUCUGUCUGGAGAUACCGCAGGCGAGCGGGUGCUCAGUCUGUCUCGUGACCACUCUAGCGCACCGGCACUUCUGGCGCCUCGUCCCGUCUUGCUGCCCUCGUUCCCGUCAUAACUUGCUGUAUCUACUCCUGCAUUUGUAUUUCAGUUGAGCCGUCUCAGCAUGCCAGCCAAGACGUUCUCUAAAAAGCUUACACCCACACUGGUCAAGCCAGCAAUCAAUGACAUCUACUUGUCCAGAUUAGAUGGCUCUAAGGAUUCAGUUGCGAAACAAGCUUCGAUCCCAGAAACAAUAACUGCUUUGGACAACUACCCGCCUCUACUGCGCAUCCCCUCAGAGAUUCGAAGAGAGAUAUUCCGCCUUGUGCUCCCUUCCUCCACCCAAAGAUUCACCCUUUACACCGAUUGCGACUCAACCGCUAUCAGCAAGAAAUGGAACCGCAAAUGCAGGCCACAUCCCGACAAGCUCACACUCGAUAUUUUGAGGACAAAUCGCCUUAUCUACCAUGAAUGUUUGUCCAUACUGUACUCAGAGAACCUGUUCCACUUCUACGCCUUUAAUUAUCUACCUGUUUUGGACUUCAUACGACACCUGAGUCCCGAAGCCAAGAGCCUAGUUCGGAAGGUCCGCCUCACGCCUCUGACAGAAAAUGGCGAGGAAGAGCCGGCAAACCACAACGCAUUUUGCACCGUUGUUCACGAUAGCCUUCCAGGCCUCAGCGAGCUACAAGCCGAUCCCCUAGUGUUUUUUUGA